AUGGACGGUCGUAAGAUUUCUGUUGACGGCUCGCUACCGUCUGCUUUCAGCUCUAUUUUCGGUUGGAUUUUAAUUGGCCAAGUGUCUGUUCAUGAGCCAGGUCCGUUACACUCAUUGCCAAUUUCGUUAACCGUGUCUAUUGAAAGUCUCAUGGAAAAAUUUUGGCACGUUGAGGAGCCGGAUGUAGCUCCCGCAACGUUCACUGAGGAAGGGCAGUGUGAACAAUUGUUUGUAAAUGAAACAGUGCGCCUACGCACAGGUCGUUUUUCCGUUCCGUUGCCGUUCCGUGUGCCAGUUUCGGACGAAUUGUUUGUUGCGUCCCGUGAUAUUGCGGUACGGCGUUUCGAGUCGCUGGAACGCAAGUUGUCCGCGGAUCCGUUAUUAAAAUCGUUGUACGUUCAAUUUAUGUCGGAAUAUAUUUCGUUGGGACAUAUGUCGGUAGCUACUUCCCCGGGUUGCUAUUUCAUUCCGCAUCACGCGGUGUACCGCCCGGAGGUCGAUGUUAAUAAAAUUCGUGUUGUUUUUGACGCUUCCGCGAAAUGUGGCCGUGGACCGUCACUAAAUGACUGUUUGCUCCCCGGGCCUAAAUUGCAGCAAGACAUCGUAGAUAUCCUGACGCGUUUUCGCGUACAUAAACAUGUUUUUACAACCGAUAUAUGCAAAAUGUAUCGGCAAGUACUGAUUUUGCCAAAAUAUCGUAAAUUCCAGCACAUUUUGUGGCGAGCGUCACCACAUGACAAAUUGCUCGAAUAUGAAUUAAAUACUGUUACGUACGGCGUGAAUUGUGCGCCGUAUCUCGCAUUGCGCGUGUUACAGUCGAUUGCUUCCGACGAUUGCACCGAUUCCGAGUGGGUGCGUAACGCGUUGACGCGCCAAACCUACGUAGAUGAUAUAUGUGACGGGGCCGACACUAUUGUUGAUGUACUAAAGCUCCAAUCCGAUUUGACUUGUGUGUUAAAAAAGUGUGGAAUGAAAAAAUGGUCAUCGAACACUAAGUCAAUUUUAGAUGCGGUUCCGGCCGCGGAUCGUGUACAGACACCUACACCGUUCGAAACGGUCGACUGUCAGGGUACCAAGGUGUUAGGUCUAGAGUGGCACCCCGACGGUGAUUAUUUGUGUUGCGCGCUAAGCCUUGAGCAAUCACCCGUAUACACCAAACGUGGUAUUUUGUCGUUAGUAGCUCGAAUUUUCGACCCGCUUGGCGUGUUCGGGCCUGUUGUGUUUUUAGCCAAAUCUAUUAUGCAACGAACUUGGCUUCGUGGUUUAUCGUGGGAUGAACCACUCCCUGCGGAUAUCCAUGACGAAUGGGCCACCUUUGUUUCUGAUUUACCAUCUUUACUAUCGAUUCGCGUUCCUCGACAUUUUAAUUCGCAUCGGAGCGCACCGUGUUACUUAUUAGGUUUUUGCGACGCAUCGCAACGGGGCUAUGCGGCUGUGGUGUACUUGCGGGUGGCGGAUGUAAUUGUAGGGGACUCCGUAUUUUUGGUAGGUACGAAAACUAAAUUAGCGUCAACAAAAUCAAUGACUAUUCCACGUCUCGAAUUAAAUGCCGCAUUAUUGUUGGCCCGGUGGCUUAGUCGCAUCCGCAAUAUAUUAACGGCACAACUUAAUAUUGUUGAUAUUAGAGCUUGGUCGGACUCGAUGAUCGUGUUAUCCUGGUUAAAGGCCCCGCAUGAAUCAAUUAAAGUGUAUGUAUCUAAUAGAGUGCAUCAAGUUCACACGUUAUUACCCGAUUGUCGGUGGCAGCACAUUGAAUCGGUCAAUAACCCCGCCGACUGCGCGUCACGUGGUGUGAUGCCGGCCGUGUUAUCGCAGUUUGAUUUGUAUUGGCGUGGUCCACAGAUCGUGUACAACGACCCGACGACUUGGGACGUAUCCUGUCCGUCUCUUCCGCUUUGUGAUUUACCGGAAAUGCGACCUGUAGUUUGUACCACCCUCAUUGCCGACGGACCUAGUGAAUGGUUCACGCGAUUUUCAAAUUACGAUCAUAUGUUGCGUGUAGUCACGUUCAUGCGUCGUUUCAUUGCACUUUGUCGACGAAGGAUUGUUCGUUGCGAUGGUCCCAUAUAUUUGCGCAAAUGUGACCUGGAUGGUGCCGCGCAGGUGUUGAUUGUUGAGUCACAGCGUGUGCACUUUUCCGCGUUACUCCGUGAGUUAUCGGCUGGUACACGAGUAUCGUCCAAACCGUUAGCGCGAUUGUCGCCGUUCAUUGACCCCGACGGUGUGAUCCGCGUCGGCGGUCGGUUACGUCAUUCGCUAAUCGCAUAUGAUUGUAAACACCCCGUAUUGUUGGCUAAGAGCUCGCAUUUCGCCUUGUUGUUGUGCCGACGGUGGCAUGUGUUGACGUGUCAUGCUGGUCCGCGAGCUUUAACAGCGUUGAUAUCGCGUCAAUUUUGGGUUGUAUCACUCCGGUCUGUUUUGCACAGAGUUUUAGCAAAUUGCACUAUUUGCGUCCGAUUAGAUGCGCGGCCCAUACAGCCCUUAAUGGCGGAUCUGCCUGCUGCCCGUGUGCGCCCGCAGCGCCCCUUCGAUUGCGUAGGUGUCGACUACGCGGGGCCGUUGCAAAUGCGUGAGUUGCGAUCAUUCGCACAAAUGUCGUUAUAA